AUGUGGUCACACAGGAAACGAGGAAUGAUUGGGACAGAAGAAUGGGUUGAGGUUGGCGAAGUGACCUCCCUCCACAUUUAUCCUAUCAAGAGCUGCAAGGGCCAAGCGCAGGAGAGCAUGCAGCUUGACGAGUAUGGUGCAGUGAAUGACAGGAGGUACAUGAUCGUUGACGAGAACGGGCGCUUCGUCACACAGAGACAGGAGGCAGCGCUCUGUCAGAUCGCUCCCGCGAUCAACCUCGACGGUUCGCUAAAGGUAGAGGCUCCUGGAAUGACUUCAUGCACAGUGAAGACCACCAAAAGAACGAGUGCAGACCAUGCCGAGCUAGAAGCCGGUAUCUGGGAGGACGACGUGAAGGUGGUGGAUCAAGGAGGAGAGAUCUCUUCGUGGCUCUCGAGCUUCGUGGGAAGGAACUUGCGGCUGGUAGGAAUGUCGGACAAGUACGAGAGAACCUCCAACAGGAGAUUCACUCCUCGUCGAUCCUUCGGCAAGACAGCCUUCUCUGACGGAUAUCCCCUCCUCCUCAUUUCCGAGGAAUCUCUGCACUACCUCAACUCUCUCCUCUCCGUCCCGCUACCCAUGAAUAGAUUCCGACCCAACAUCGUCAUAAAGACUGACUGCGGAGCUUUCGCGGAAGACUCGUGGAGGCGCAUUAAGAUCCACGACAUGGAGAUGGACGUCGUCAAGCCCUGCUCUCGCUGCAAGAUCACCACGACAGACCAGUCGAUGAAGAGCACAGGAUUCCGAGACGAGGAGCCGUUGAUUACACUGUCUCGUUUCCGCAAGUGA